AUGAUAAAAGAAUUACAAAAUUUGGAUAACUUUUAUUCAUAUUUUCAAAGUAUUUAUUGUUCAUCGAAUGAAGAUAAAUUUAUAAUAUUUUCAAAACAAUUAGAACGUUUGGAAUCAUUAACAUUAACUCACUCGCAACAACUUAUUAAUAUCAUUCAAUAUUUAUAUGAUUCUUGUGUUCUUCAUCGUGAUUUACGUCCACAAAACUUAAUGUAUGAUACAAGUCAUCGACAUUUAAAAUUAAUCGAUUUUGGCUUUGCCACAAUUUACCAAAAGAAUGAAAUGACAAAAAGAUUACCAAUUGAAGGAACAAUUACAUAUGCUGGUCAAAAAUUUCUAGAUUAUUAUUCAAAAUUAUCAUUUCAGUCAUGUUUUGAACUACUCGAUGAUUAUGAACAAACCUUUGAUCUUCAAUGUGCAUUGAAUGUCAUAAUGUAUAUGACAAAUUCUAAAAUUAAAAACGAAAUAAAUUCAAUGAAACAAUUUCUAUCUACGAAAGAAAAAGCUUUAGCAUCAUUAGAAUAUUUGGAAAAACUUAAAAAGAAUGAUAGAAACUAUUUCGAUUUAUUAGAAUUAAUAAACAAGUCAAAAUCUGAUGAUUUUGCUCGUCUUGAAUCUGCUGAUUUUAAUGAUAUCAGAACUGUAAUGAAAGAACUUUUUCCAAAAGAACAGAAGUAA